AUGGAUCCCAAACUGCAUGAAGCUUUAAUAACAGGUGACACGGAUGCCUUACAUGAAUUCACCUCGGAAUCGGAUUCAGAUUCAGCCUUUUUGCAGGUGACAACCGAGGAAGACAACGUUCUUCACCUUGCUGCCAAAUAUAAUCAGAAUCGUAUGGCCGAAGAGAUGAUUACUACGUUUCCGACAUUGGUGUCGUUGGUGAAUCAAAAGAACUCCAAAGGCGACACUCCAUUGCACGUUGCAGCGAGGUCGGGGAGUUUCGAAACAGCUCAAAUACUCGUAAACUGUGCAAACAGUGGGGAAAUCGAAGCCGGCCAAAGGGCUACAAGGAUAGUGAACAUGGUGAACGAUACUGCACUGCAUGAUGCUGUAAGAAAUGGGCAUCUUCCGAUUGCGGAAUUGUUGAUUAGAGGAGACCCUGAGUUACCUGAUUUGACAAAUGAUGCUGGAGAAUCCCCUCUCUUCAUUGCUGUGGAUAAAAAACAUGUUGAUAUCGCUGAAAUUAUCUUACAAGUUGCUCGAGUUUUCUCUUUUGCAGGGAGAAAUAGCAUGAAUGUUUUACAUGCAGCUGUUAUUCGAUCGCAGGACGAAGUUCUGAGAAUAUCUUCGUACAUGGUUAAGCUUCAGAAUCCAAUGAAUUACCUGACCAAUAUGUCAUUCAAGCACUCUUUCAAGUUCUCUUCCUUUGGACCUUCCGCCCUCAUUCAGGCUGCCUCCCAAAACCACACUUAUAGAGAUUUUGUCGUAAAAUUGACGAAAACACGUCGGUCGGCACUCUCCGAAACUGACAAAUUCGGAUGGACACCACUACACUACACAGCCCACUUCGGUACCGUCGACAUUUUCAAGGUGUUUUUAGACCACAUCGAUUCUUCAACCGCUCGUAAAAGAGAUAAACAAGGAAUGACCGUCAUUCACAUUGCUGCAAGAGAAGGCGAAGUCACCAUACUAAAAGAGCUGGCAUAUAAUUUUCCGGAAAUCUGGGAUUUACAAGAUAAUAAAGGCCAAACAGCUUUUCACCUUGCGGUUGAAAGAGGGAAACUCGAUUGUGUAAAGUUUAUUCUUGCCACUAAGCUUUCGCAUUAUGGGCUUAUAAACCAGAAGGACAAUGAAGGUAACACCGCGUUACAUCUUGCCACAAUACAUGGAAAGAACCAGCAAAUCUUUGAGUUGCUGAUAAAAGAUUGUAGGGUGGACAAGUCAGCUAGAAACAUGGAGGGUUUCACUGUCAUCGACAUUAUUUUGUUGAAGGAGUAUGGUUUCUUUGAAAAGGAUAUUUAUCUCAAAUUAAGCUACUUACAGACUUGGAUUACAAUGAGUGUUGCAAGCAAUGGAGGUCUAGAAAGCUUAGAACAUGCAAUCAACAAGGACGGAAGAAAAACAAGAUCUACUGAGUCGACAACAACAAAUCAAGAACAACCACAAACAACAUGGUCCCCUGUCGCCAUUGAAGCCCAACCACAACUUAUUCCCAACAAAAGACCCGAACCUGCAGCGAUCAAGAAACCAAGCUCCGAUCAACUCCAUACCAUCGCCAGCAUAAACUUACUGGUGACAACACUGAUCGCCACCAUCUCAUUCGCCGCGGGUUUCACCAUGCCUGGUGGGUACAAAAGCGAUGGCCCCGGGGAAGGAAUGGCGAUUUUAAGCAGAAAAUUGGCUUUUAGAGUGUUCGUGAUAGCUAAUGCGUUGGCCUUUUGCUUCUCGUCCACAUCGAUGUUCCUCCAUUACUGCAAAUCGUUUGUGGAAAAACUCGAUGCCCAUGCAUUUUAUAUGUAUAUUACUUCGUUGUUAACGAGUUAUGGGAUUACUGCAAUGGUGAUAGCUUUUGUUUCAGGCACUUAUGCAGCAUUGUCUGAUUCUCCUGGACUUGCUAAAGCUGUUCUUUCCAUUGGGUGUUCAUUCUUUGGGCUUCAACUUCUUAAAAAUGAAUUCUCUGUUUCAAAAAACCAAGAGCUUGGCGAUAACCUGGAAUUGGCUGUGGUAGACAACCAGGAGAAGGGAACUGAUUUUGUCCGAGAUUUGCAGCACCAAAUUGUAUUUAGUUUCCCUCUUGUCCUUCGUACUCAAAAUUCAAUGAUAAGUUGCACUACUUCUAACAGGGUGGUAGAGUUUGCAAUAGUCCUUAGUUCACAUGGGAAAGAGGCUUAA